AUGUCGAAACGCGGUGCUGAUCAUCAACUUACAAAGGAUCAAGAUGAAUCCGAUGAUGAUCGUAGUGGUUCUGUUGAAUUAGCAACCGAAGCAUCAGCCGAUGUCAUUGCCGCUAGAAAAAUUGCUAAGCCCAAAACAAGGAAGCGUACUGCUGGAAUGUCUCAACAGGGAGGGCUUUUUUCAGGACUGGCAAAACCAGAAUCUGGUAAACCUGUAGCCUCUCCCUUUGCAUUUGACAAGCAAGCAAAUGUGGUUUCUUCAACUAAUAAAUAUGAAACAUUACUGAAGAAACGAGGUUUGAACAAGGCAUUUUUGGAUAGUGUACAAAAAAGUUUAGAAAAUGAUCCAUUUGGGAACCUUUCAAUUUUAAUGGAAGAGUACAAAAAACAUCUUGGCUCUAUCGAGAGCUCUGUAUCAUCUGUGGAUUUAAACAAGGCACAGAAUGAAUCCAUGCCCACUUCAGAGGCAGAGUCUGUAAAAUCUUCGCAGAUGGAUUUUAGCAAGAGUUCUAACGAUAACGAAGUUGCUACUGAAAAUACUUCUACAAAACCAUCUGAAUCUACUUUGCCUGUCCCAGGUGCUCCACGUUUUGGAUUUUCUGCACCUGAUCUUAGCAAAUCUUUUCAGUUCAACCCAUCUUCACUUACUCCAACAGGUCCUUUGGCUGCCUUCAAUAAGGAAAUCACCAAACCAAAUGAAGAGAAAAAGUCAGCUUUUGGAUCUGAAACUCAGGCUAAGACCCCCUUCUCUUUUGGACAGAAAUCCUCUUUCACACCAACCUUUUCCUUCCAAAAGACUUCACAAGAGCAAGGAGAAAAGAAGCCUAGCACUGAUUUAAGCAGUGAGAACAAAGAGGAAAAUGAUACUCAGAAGAAGGGGUUAAAUUUUUCAUGGGAUCCCAGCAAGCCCAUCAAAUUUGAAGCUCCUGAAAAGAAGUUUACUUUCACAAACCCUUUGUCAGCUAAAAAACCAGCUCCGACUCCCGAAGUAAAUCCUCCCAAUGCCGCAUCGAUUGGCUUCUCUUUCGGUACCAAUCCUAACCCAUUCUCUUUUGCAGCCAAACCUCCCGCUAGUGUAAAUAAUGAAGGAACGACUGACGAAAAAAAUGAAGGAGUAGAACAACCAGAGACCGCGGAGGAGGGUAAAGAAGAGGAUAAAAAAGAUGAAGAAAAGCAGGACAAUUCUUUAGUUGUUAGUAAAGGUCAAGGAGAAGAGAAUGAAGACAGUAUUUUUGAAACAAGGGCCAAACUUUAUCGCUUUAAUUCUACUUCAAAGUCUUAUACAGACAUUGGUCUCGGCCCCCUUAAAUUAAAUGUUGAUAGGACUUCUAAUGCUGCCAGACUUCUUGCACGCGUCGAUGGAAAUGGUAAACUUCUUUUGAAUGUUCGUUUAUGUAAAGACUUUGAGUAUAAGUUGGCUGGAGACAAAGCCUUGACUGUUCCAGCGGCUUCUGAUGACGGAAAAGGUUUGGUAACUUAUUUGAUUCGUGUUAAGGAAAAAGGCACGGCUGAACAGUUACUUAAGAAUUUGAACGAAAAGAAGGCUACCUUAUAA